UAUGACCCCCGAGGAAGUGCUCCUACUUAAGUGCUUUGACAGCUAUGGAGAGGGCAUGCCAAAUGGGAGGAAAGGCCUCGCAGUGAGGACGCCACAUACCGCUUUUAGCGACCCGAACACGCCUGAAGAUGCCCCCGGACGGCAGAGUAUCGAGGUCAGAUGUUUGGUCUUCUACGAGUAGGGCGAUCAGCAACAAGGAAUAGAAAUUAUGUCACAUUCUGUUAUCCUAAUAUUCUUGCGCCAUUCUUUGCUCCCACAUGUUAUUGGAUGUGUGAGAUUAACCACCUUGUUCAUGUACACUUAGAUUCAUGUGUGACGCUGCUUGGCUCACACUUCACUUUCACCGACCUCGCACAACCAGCCUAAACGUCUGCACAUCUACGGCAACAUCAACACUCCAAUUAUAUGUCCUAACGCCCUAUCCUGCGACACUCACGCCAGAAAAGAGCACUACCCCGUGCGACAUCCUACAAGCCAACUCUCGCAAGUAUCCCUUACACGUCAAAUUCUUCGCAAUGAGCUACCCACCAAACCACCUUACUCGGCCUCCCGCUCACAGCUUUCUCAUGACACCGCCGCCCACUCCAGGACAUCCAGGAAAGAACAAUGAAACUACGCCUACACAGAACGAUCGGAUCAUCCAGGGCAGCAUUCACGCACCCAAGCGGCAAAAAGAGCACCGCCAUGAUUCCGGCCACAUCUUAUCGAGCAGGCGAAAGAAUGUGCACAAAGCCGAAGCGAAAGGUUUGGCGCGAGAGCGCAAGCGAAGAGAUCGAAGGCAGAAGAGAGGGGAGAAGCGUGCCGAGCUACGUGAGGCGGUGGUACGGGCAGGAAGGGUGGAAGUGGAAGUUGAAGUUGAAGUAGGAGCUACAAAGAGACAAGAAGAGAAGCUGCCUCUUGCGGAUGUGGGAAAUAAGAAGACGAUGAAGGAUAAGAAGAAGAAGAAUAGGAGGGGACGAAAGAGAGAUGGGAUGAUGGCAGUCCGUAAGGAACCAAAACCCGCAUCGCCUAGACGUACGAACGAGACGGGAACACAGGUGGAAGCGCCGUGGAAUCAUUCGCCGGAUGGACUACGAGACGAUGCGGCGUCGUCCUUCUCUCCUAAUCCAUCCGCUCCAGUUCCUCCUCUUGUCGAGGCUCCCUACAGCCCGGCCGUCCCCACUUGCGAAACCAACGAGCUCAACAUAGUACAGCCACAACGCCCAACCAAACACACUAGGCAACGCCAGCGUUCUACCGCACCAUCUCCCGAGCAGGCCUUCACUGAAAGCACACCACCCAGCCCAAUCCCGCCUCCCUCUACCACCCCACCAAAUCAACCUUUUCCCCCGGAUGAUCUCAUCCCCUUAACACCAACACAGUCCUUCCUCGCCGCAAUGCAAGCCGAACAAUCUACCCUCGUCUCACAAACAGAGGUUCUACUUGCGCACGUCGAAACGCUCAAAUCCACACGGUUUAACCAGGCAGAUGCCAUGGCGGCCAUCACGCGCGUAGAGAGGAAGAUUGAAUUAACGAGUGCGUUGUGUUUUGAUUUGUUUAUUGCGGAGGGGCGGGCUUGGAGAAGUUGAGGGGGUGGGUUGGGGGUUUGGUCAGCGAGUUCGAUGGGGAGAUGGGGAGGUUUGGUGGGGAAGACUGAGGGACGAUAUUCGGUUUGGAGAGGUUGGGGCUUCAAGGCGCGCAUGUUGAAGGCUGUAUCAUGCUUGUUGAGUGUGAAUUGAGCAUGUGGGUUAGAUUGAAGGAUGACAUGGUAGUGAUGGAAGCUUAGUAAAGCUUCUUUCAUCACUGUGUUAGGAAGGGAUCUUGUCAGAAGCUGUUACGUCAUAAUUUCGAUCGAUAGUAAAGAAUAAAGAUUUGCAAAGGUUGGGUCCUCUGAAUGCUAUCUGCAAUUUCUCGCUCUCAUCGAUUGGAGAUCUUCCUGUGGAAUCGAGCGAGUUUGUCAAUUAGUAUUUAAAGUCCAG